GAGCCCCGCCCCCGCCGGGCGUGUGUGUCGUGUGUGUUUGGGGCCCGCUCGGGUUGCGCGCCCUCCGCCUUCGCGCCUCCUGCCCCCGAGGCCCGACUGCUGCCCCUGCGCCCCUCGCCCCGCCAGGCGUCGCGGGCCAACAUGGGCCAGGAAGAGGAGCUGCUGAGGAUCGCCAAAAAGCUGGAGAAGAUGGUGGCCAGGAAGAACACGGAAGGGGCCCUGGACCUUCUGAAGAAGCUGCACAGCUGCCAGAUGUCCAUCCAGCUACUACAGACAACCAGGAUUGGAGUUGCUGUUAAUGGGGUCCGCAAGCACUGCUCAGACAAGGAGGUGGUGUCCUUGGCCAAAGUCCUCAUCAAAAACUGGAAGCGGCUGCUAGACUCCCCUGGACCCCCAAAAGGAGAAAAAGGAAAGGAAAGAGAAAAAGCAAAGAAGAAGGAGAAAGGGCUUGACUGUUCAGACUGGAAGCCAGAAGCAGGCCUUUCUCCACCAAGGAAAAAACGAGAAGACCCCAAAACCAGGAGAGACUCUGUGGACUCCAAGUCUUCUGCCACCUCCUCUCCAAAAAGGCCAUCAGUGGAAAGAUCAAACAGCAGCAAAUCAAAAGCGGAGAGCCCCAGAACACCUAGCAGCCCCUUGACCCCCACGUUUGCCUCCUCCAUCUGUCUCCUGGCCCCCUGCUAUCUCACAGGGGACUCUGUCCGGGACAAGUGUGUGGAGAUGCUGUCAGCAGCCCUGAAAGCGGACGAUGAUUACAAGGACUAUGGAGUCAACUGUGACAAGAUGGCAUCAGAAAUCGAAGAUCAUAUCUACCAAGAGCUCAAGAGCACAGACAUGAAGUACCGGAACCGCGUGCGCAGCCGCAUUAGCAACCUCAAGGACCCCAGGAACCCCAGCCUGCGGCGGAAUGUACUCAGUGGGGCCAUCUCUGCAGGGCUCAUAGCCAAGAUGACAGCAGAGGAAAUGGCCAGUGAUGAACUGAGGGAGUUGAGGAAUGCCAUGACCCAGGAGGCCAUCCGUGAGCACCAGAUGGCCAAGACCGGCGGCACCACCACUGACCUCUUCCAGUGCAGCAAAUGCAAGAAGAAGAACUGCACCUAUAACCAGGUGCAGACACGCAGUGCUGAUGAGCCCAUGACUACCUUUGUCUUAUGCAAUGAAUGUGGCAAUCGCUGGAAGUUCUGCUGAUGGAACAGCCAGGACCGCCAUGAACAAGAAACUGCAGAGGACCAGGCACAGUGGCUCAUGGCUGUAAUAUGCAAACUCCUGGAGACUGAGGUGGGAGAAUCACUUGACCCCAGAAGUUUGAGUCCAGCCCGGGCAACAUAGCAAGACCCCAUCUCUACAAAAAUAAAAGAAAAAGAAAAAAUAAAACUGCAGUGCGUUAGACCUGAGGUGUCGUAUCUUUGACGGUAGGCUGGCAGACCUUUGCUUUGAGUUCCUUCUCUCCCAUUGGGAUCUCCCAGCCUUUUUCUGAAUUGAAAAAUGCCAGAUCAACACAAAGCUCACCCGCCCCCCGACUUCAGAGUCACACGUGCAGAACAGCUGAUACACCGUUUGGCUUCAGCAGAUAUUACUUCCAUACUAUGUACUAGGUUGCAGCAAAAGUAAUUGCGGUUUUUGCAAUUACUUUUGCAGUAGCCUAAUAGAAAUAUUUCUUCCCUACUCUUUCCUCAUCUCUUCCCAAACUCUUUGCUAUUCCCUGUUCACAGCUGGCUGUGGGGGCUUUUGAGGACUCCAGAUCAUAUCCCUCUAGGCAGGGAACAAAUCCUCUUGAGCUGGGCUUUCUGAGUGAAGAUUACAGCAGCACUCUGACUUCCACGGCCCCUUGAAAGUCCUGAGCCUCAGAACCCACCCAGGCCCUAGCAAUGUGUUCCUCACAGCUCCAUCUGUGACCUGAGCUUCA